AGUGCAGCUAUCUGGGCAGGCAGGGGAGAACGGGGACGUGUUUGCGGGGGCACGGAAGAAAAAAAAAAAGGCGCACCACAGCCACGUCCCACAGACAUCACACCAGCGGGCAGGAUCCAAGGAGUCCGCUACUGCUUACUGCAGGAGGAACCAGACUGAUGGGUGAAGGCGGCGGGAGGCGCUGAGAGAAAGCCGGGUACCAGCUAGUGAGGAAGGAGGCUAGGACUGCCGAGUGCGCUCCCAGGCACGCGGCGAGAGACCCGAAGAAGGGCGCAUCCCUGUGCUGCCCCCUCCAGUGCCUUCCUGAGUCUUCGGGGCCGCCCGCCCCGCGCAGCAACCCAAAGAUGCCCCGAGGAUUUCUGGUGAAAAGGAACAAGAAAUCCACGCCCGUCUCCUACCGGAUUCGCUGCUGUGAGGACGGCGACCGGGAGCUGCUGCUCUUCUCCAGCUGCGGCGGAGGCGGCGGCGGCUCCUCCCCGCCCCUCUCCGGCUCCGAGCGGGCUCCUGCUGCGCUGCUGGCCAGCGCGCCCUCGGCCCCUCUAUUGCUGCCGCCGCCGCCGCCCCUACCGCUGCCGCUGCCGCCCCGAGAGCUGCCCCCGCCGCCGCCGGUCGCGGGGCCCAAGCCUGUACAGUUUGGUAACCCCGAGGCGGUCUACCCGGCGCCACUGUACAGCCCCACGCGGCCAGUGAGCAGGGAGCACGAGAAGAAGAAGUACUUCGAGCGCAGCUUCAACCUGGGCUCGCCAGUCUCUGCAGAGUCCUUCCCCACGCCCGCAGCCCUGCUAGGCGGCGGGGGCGGCGGCGGCGGCGCGGGUGGCGGCGGCGGGGGCACCUGCGGCGGGGACCCCCUUCUCUUUGCCCCUGCGGACCUCAAGAUGGGCACCGCCUUCUCGGCAGCUGCAGCCGCAGGAGCUGAGGCGGGAGGAGGGGGCGGGGGCCGCGGCACCGGUAGCCACCACCCUCAGGCCGGCAGCCUACUAUCAGUCCCCGGCUCUGUGGCUGCCGCCUCCCUGCGGCACCCGAGCAAACGGCCUGCGCCCGCGCCAACGGCAGAGCCCGGCGCUCCCCCAGCCAAGCCUGCCAAAGCGCCAGCCGCCAAGAAGCCAAAGGCCAUCCGCAAGCUGCAUUUCGAGGACGAGGUGACAACGUCUCCCGUGCUGGGGCUCAAGAUCAAGGAGGGCCCUGUGGAGCCGCCCAAAGGCCGGGCCGGUCUGGGGGCAGCCGGUGGGGGCUCUGGGGGCGGCGGAGGUGUAGGCGGUGGCGGAGGCAGUGGAAGUAUUGGCGGUGGCGGGGGACGGCCUCUGGGCGAGUUUAUCUGCCAGCUGUGCAAGGAGGAGUACGCCGACCCCUUCGCUCUGGCCCAGCACAAGUGCUCCCGCAUUGUGCGCGUGGAGUACCGCUGCCCCGAGUGUGACAAGGUCUUCAGCUGCCCAGCCAACCUCGCCUCCCACCGCCGCUGGCACAAGCCCCGACCCCAGGCCGCAGGUGGCGGCGGGCACCAUGCCUCGGGGACAGCCGUCUCUGCCGUUAGCUCCGUGGCCCAGCCUGCCGGGGGCGCCCGAGCGGCCGAGGGCAAAGGCGCUACCGAUGAGGCUCUGGCCAAAGCUGGGGCGGGUGGCGAGCAGAAGGAGGCCGGCGGCAGUGAUCGGGACACGCCGAGCCCUGGGGUAUCGGAGUCGGGCUCUGAGGAUGGGCUGUACGAGUGUCACCACUGCGGGAAAAAGUUCCGUCGCCAGGCCUAUCUGAGGAAGCACCUGCUGGCGCAUCACCAGGCCCUACAGAGCAAAGGGGCGCCUCCACCCCAGUCCCUGCCACCCCCGCCCCAGCCAGCCCAGCCUGACGACCUUCUGGUCUAUCCCAACUUCCCCGGGGCCGAUGGUUUGCAGCCGCUGCCGCCGCCUGAGAAGGCGGGGAAGGAAGCCGGGGGCGAAGGGGAAUCGUCGAAUCCCCUCAAUAUGAGUGCUCCUGCCGAGUGCCAUCUGUGCCCAGUGUGCGGGGAGACCUUCCCCAGCAAGAGCAGCCAGGAGCGCCACCUCCGCCUCCUGCACGCUGCCCAGGUGUUCCCCUGCAAGUACUGCCCGGCCACGUUCUACAGUUCGCCGGGGCUCACUCGGCACAUCAACAAAUGUCACCCCUCGGAGAACAGACAGGUGAUUCUGCUGCAGGUGCCCGUGCGUCCCGCCUGUUAGACAGAACCUGCUCCGCGCCGCCUCGGGGAGAGCAAGGAGUGAAGAGGAGGAGAAGGAAAGGAAGAAGAGGAAGGAAGGAAGGAAGAAGAAAAAAGCUUAACCCUCUCCCUCGUCAGAAAUCUCCCCUAAACCCCUUCCCCCUCCCCAAGCCCCAAUAGCCCUAGUUUCCAGCCCCUAAAGAAGUGUGCCUUCGCUUGUAGAACCACAAAGAGACUGUGAGCCCUGUCCGUCUGUACUUCAGUCCAUCAGUCUGUUCCCAGCCCUGCCCUUCCUGCUCUUCCCUAAACUGCUUCUUGGCGUUCGUGAAUGAAACGCGCUGGUGGUGAAAACUGAAACGUGAAAAGUGUUGUCUUGAUCUUGUAGCGUGCUGGUAACCAACUCUUCAUCCCUCCCCUCCCCCGUUGUGAUUUAUUUUUUUAAUUUCUCCUUCAUUUUCACCAAGUUAACUUGUUCAUGUAAGAGCUGGUUUAUUUCUGUUAAAAGGGAAGAUAAAGCUGUAUGUACACUUUUGUCUCCUUGUUGGUAUCCCUCCCUUAUCCUCCUCUCCCCCUCCCCUUUGAAUUUUUUGAAAGCUCAAAAUAUGUACCUGCUGAAUCCUUUUGAAAAGCAACUGUUUUUACUGCUAGUGUUCGAUGUGUUGACGGUCUCUAGAAAGUCUCUGUUUUCUCUCUUCUUUUCUACCCAUCUCUACUCUUUUCUCUAUAUGUAUUUAGCCUACGGGUUGUUUUUAGUCAAUCUUAAGGAAUAAUGCCUUUAUACUUCACAGGCUGUAAAUUGAAUUUACCACAUGAUUAGCUUUAUUAUGGCUUGUGAACUGCUGGAUUCUGGCUUUACCUUUUUGUAUGUGAACAAAUCAAACUGCUUAAAAGAGAGUUUUCUUUAGUAUAGCCACAAAUGCCUUGAAUUGCUGUUUUGUUUCAGGGUUGUUUUUGGGGGGGGGGUUCAGAGUAUGCUGUAGAAAUUGCCUUAAUAUUACAUGUCAGCUUUUUCGUUUGAUAAUCUUUGUUGAGGUAGGACCAUAUGAGUUUACUCUAAAUGUAUAUGUUGAUUUAUGAGUGUUAUUUAUUCACUAUUUAUUUAUAUUAAGAAAAUUAUGAUAUUAUUUGAUUGCGGAUAUUUUUUGAUGCGCUUUUUUUUCUGCCACUUGUGACAUUUCACUGUGCAUUUUAGAAGAGGGUCUUUUUCUAAAGGGAUCUGCUAAAAGUUUUAACUUUUAUACCUAUCUGAGCGAAUUACAUACAACCUUACCAUUUGCUUGGAGGGCUCAGACAGCUCUUGUACAACUGACAGCUCUUACUUUUAGAUGCAAUCUCUUUUCUACACACAUUAUUUUCUUAAUUGUUAGCUAUUUAUAGAAUGCUUCAAUAGAACUGUUUCAACUGUAUAACUAUUUACUAUUCAAAUAAAAUAUUUUCCAAUUCAAA